CCGAAGCGCGCGGCCCGUUCCCUCCCGACAACACAGGAUGUGAUCGGGCGGUGGAGACGCUACGACACGUUGUUCCGCACCACGGCCGUUUACAUUUCCCGCACCAUCCGAGUGAAUAACACCGACCCAGCACCGGGGAACCGCCGCCUCUUCCCGCACCGACCGGACCCGCCCCGUGUCUGUCACCGAUCGAGCCCCGUGGAAGAAAUAGAAUCCCGCUGCGAGCUGCUGCGCGGCAACAGACACCGUCCGAGAGAAGAGCGCGCGCCGGGGACGGAAUGGAGCUCAUCACGAUCCUCGAGAAGACGGUCUCCCCAGAUCGGAAUGAACUGGAGGCGGCUCAGAAGUUUCUGGAGCAGGCGGCGAUAGAGAACCUGCCCACAUUCCUGGUGGAGUUGUCGAAGGUGUUGGCGAACCCGGGGAACACCCAGGUGGCUCGAGUCGCUGCCGGUCUGCAGGUGAAGAACUCUCUGACCUCCAAAGACCCUGACGUGAAGACGCAGUACCAGCAGAGAUGGCUGGCCAUCGACGCCAACGCUCGCCGCGAGAUAAAGAACUACGUUUUACAGACUUUGGGCACGGAGACGUACCGGCCCAGCUCGGCGUCGCAGUGCGUUGCCGGGAUUGCCUGUGCAGAGAUUCCCGUGAACCAGUGGCCCGAGCUUAUCCCACAGCUGGUGGCCAACGUCACCGACCCCUCCAGCACCGAACAUAUGAAGGAGUCGACGCUGGAGGCCAUCGGAUACAUCUGCCAGGACAUAGACCCGGAGCAGCUGCAGGAAAACGCCAACCAGAUCCUGACCGCCAUCAUCCAGGGGAUGAGGAAGGAAGAGCCAAGUAACAACGUCAAGCUGGCCGCCACCAACGCCCUGCUCAACUCUCUGGAGUUCACCAAAGCCAACUUCGACAAGGAGACGGAGAGACACUUCAUCAUGCAGGUGGUGUGUGAAGCGACUCAGUGUCCAGACACCAGGGUGCGUGUGGCGGCGUUACAGAACCUGGUGAAGAUCAUGUCUCUGUAUUAUCAGUACAUGGAGACGUACAUGGGCCCCGCCCUGUUCGCGAUCACCAUCGAGGCAAUGAAGAGCGACAUCGACGAGGUGGCCUUACAGGGCAUCGAGUUCUGGUCCAACGUGUGUGACGAGGAGAUGGACCUGGCCAUCGAGGCGUCGGAGGCCUCGGAGCAGGGACGCCCCCCGGAGCACACCAGUAAGUUCUACGCCAAAGGGGCCCUGCAGUACCUGGUCCCCAUCCUCACCCAGACCCUCACCAAACAGGACGAGACAGACGACGACGAUGACUGGAACCCCUGUAAGGCGGCGGGCGUGUGUCUGAUGCUGCUUGCGACCUGCUGCGAGGACGACGUGGUUCCACAUGUUCUGCCUUUCAUCAAAGAACACAUCAAACACCCAGACUGGCGCUACCGCGAUGCCUCCGUCAUGGCCUUUGGUUCCAUCCUGGAAGGACCCGAACUCAACCAGCUCAAACCGCUCGCCAUACAGGGGAUGCCCACCAUGAUCGAGCUGAUGAAGGACCCCAGCGUCGUGGUGAGGGACACCACAGCCUGGACGGUGGGAAGAAUCUGCGAGCUGCUGCCUGAAGCCGCCAUUAACGAGGCCUACCUGGCCCCCCUGCUGCAGUGUCUGAUCGAGGGUCUGGGGGCGGAGCCUAGGGUGGCCUCCAAUGUCUGCUGGGCCUUCUCCUCUCUCGCCGAAGCUGCGUACGAAGCUACAGACGAAGCCGAGGACCAGGAGGAGCCCGCCACCUACUGUCUGUCCUCGUCCUUCGAAAUCAUCGUCCAGAAGCUGCUAGAGACCACAGACAGGCCUGACGGUCACCAGAACAACCUGCGCUCUGCCGCCUACGAGGCUCUGAUGGAGAUCGUGAAGAACAGUGCCAAGGACUGUUACCCUGCGGUCCAGAAGACCACUCUGGUCAUCAUGGAGAGGCUGCAGCAGGUCCUGCAGAUGGAGUCUCACAUCCAGAGCACCUCCGACAGAAUCCAAUUCAACGACCUGCAGUCACUGCUGUGUGCCACGCUGCAGAACGUUCUUCGUAAGGUCCAGCACCAGGACGCUCUGCAGAUCUCUGAUGUCGUCAUGGCGUCUCUGCUCAGGAUGUUCCAGGGCACAGCCGGGUCCGGAGGUGUUCAGGAGGACGCUCUGAUGGCCGUGUCCACGCUGGUGGAAGUUUUGGGCAGUGACUUCCAGAAAUACAUGGAGGCCUUCAAACCGUUUCUAGCCAUCGGCCUGAAGAACUACGCCGAGUAUCAGGUGUGUCUGGCGGCCGUGGGUCUGGUGUGUGACCUGUGCAGAGCUCUGAUGACCAACAUCCUGCCUUACUGUGACGAGAUGAUGCAGCUGCUGCUGGAGAACCUGGGGAACGAGAACGUCCACCGGUCGGUCAAACCUCAGAUCCUCUCGGCGUUCGGUGACAUCGCUCUUGCCAUCGGCGGAGAGUUCAAGAAAUAUCUGGACAUCGUCCUGGACACGCUGCAGCAGGCGUCGCAGGCCCAAGUGGACAAGACGGACUACGACAUGGUGGACUACCUGAACGAGCUGAGGGAGGGUUGUCUGGAGGCCUACACUGGCAUCAUCCAGGGUUUGAAGGGCGACCAGGAGAACGUCCACCCUGACGUGAUGCUGGUGCAGCCUCGGGUGGAGUUCAUCCUCUCCUUCAUCCAUCACAUAGCGGAGGACGAGGACCACUCUGACAGCGUAGUGGCCAAUGCCGCCGGACUCAUUGGUGACCUGUGCACAGCGUUCGGUAAAGACGUGAUGAAGCUGGUGGAGCUUCGUCCGUUCAUCAACGACCUGCUGACGGAGGGUCGACGAUCCAAAACCACCAAGACCAAGACGCUGGCGACCUGGGCCACGAAGGAGCUCCGCAAACUGAAGAGCCAGGCCUGAUGGCGGCGGUGGGAGAAGAGAGCGAGCGACGCUGAGAGAUGGACAUCAGAACAAGAGGACAAACUUCCCACUGGACUGAACUUCUGUGUUUGUCGAAGCAGAAGUGUGACGAGUGUGAGAGAGACACGUGUGAGCGAGCGAGAGAUGAUGACAUCACCCCCCCCCCCUCUGGAAAGCCUGUGGACUGGACUCUGACUCACCCCCUGAACCUGCCCCCCCCCCCCCAUCCACCUCUCUCGCUGUAGCUGGGCUCUCCUAUGACAUCACAAGGCACCGCCCCCCCACUGUCGGGGGGGAGGGGGGAGGAGGUGAAACGGAGCGGACUCUGUGGAUAAUUUUUUUUGUUGCUCUUAUUUUUUCUUCUUCUUAUUCUGAGCACUAAAACAGCGCCGGAGAUCAGGCGGACUCUGAGGCCUCCGCUGCUCCGCCCGCGGCGUCACGCUCCCGACAGCAGCACUGAACUCCUUCAAAAUAAAAGUCCUGACCCGAAGAGGACCGGUGGAGGAGCGAGUGCCAAAUGGAAAAUCAAAGGUUUCAGUUUUUUCCCCGCUGCACUUGGUUAAAGGGUCACUCAACGUUUCUGCUUGUUUCAAAAGAAUCAGAAUUGAAGACGUUUGUAAAAGGUUAUAUUUUUCCAUUGCUAUGAUAAAAUAAAGUUGGAAAAAAACAAUAAAGUGAUAUGAAACAUUC